GAGCGCGACAGAGCAGAGGCAGCAAGCGAGCGAAAAGAAGCCACGGCAGCAAGGGAGGAGGACUGGAGGAGUCAGCCGUCGCAGCUCGCCGACCGACCAACCCACCAGCCGCGAGAUCGCAGAUCCCACCAGCGGCCCUAGUCAGAAAACUUUCUCAUCCAAGAUCUAGACCCGUUCCUCUCGGAUCAAUCCAUCUAUACCGAUCGAUGCGGCUCCAGCCGCCUCCGGAUCCGCGGAUCUAGCCGUCUGUGCUGCGGCAGCUGCUGUCGUUGCUCGAUUGUUUAUUGGAGGGGGACGGUAUGAUGUUUUGGAGGGACGGUGGCGCGAGCGGGAGCAGGCGGGAAGUCAACGGCGGGCCACCGUGUGGCCAGGUGCGUGUCCUCGUCGUCGGCGAUUCAGGUGUGGGGAAAACUUCAUUGAUGCAUCUCCUUCUGAAAGGUUCUGCAAUUUCUCGACCGGCCCAAACAAUUGGAUGUGCAGUUGAUGUUAAACAUAUUACUUAUGGAAGUCCAGGGAGUUCAUCUAAUGUGAUCAAGGGUGAUGCUGAAAGGAACUUCUUUGUUGAACUUUGGGAUGUUUCAGGGCAUGAUCGCUACCGAGAUUGCCGUUCACUUUUUUAUUCACAAAUUAAUGGUGUCAUAUUUGUUUAUGACCUAUCUCAGAGGAAGACGAAAACAAAUUUGAGCAAGUGGGCAGUUGAGGUUGCCGAGUCCGGAACAUUUUCAGCUCCUCUUGGGUCUGGUGGUCCAGGAGGCCUUCCAGUCCCUUACCUAGUGAUCGCUAACAAAGUGGACAUUGCUCCAAGAGAUGGUAGAAGAGUUAGCAGUGGAAAUCUUGUUGAUGUUGCUCGUCAAUGGGUUGAGAAGCAAGGCCUACUUCCAUCCAGUGAAGAACUUCCUCUUGUUGAGAGCUUCCCUGGCAACUCUGGUCUGCUAACGGCUGCCAAAGAUGCAAGAUAUGACAAAGAAGCUUUGGCCAAGUUCUUCCGUAUGUUGAUAAGGAGAAGGUAUUUCUCAAAUGAGCUUCCUGCCCCUAGCCCAUGGUCUCUCACUCCUAGAGAGGAUACCAUUCUUCCUGUAGAAACUGUUAAUGACGAAGAGCUGUUCAAAAGGAAAAGCUAUGGCGGACAGAGGUACAAAUACAAUGGUGUCGUCCCGUUGCCUGCUCAGCGGAACCUAACUCCACCACUCACUCUCUACCCGCAGCAGCCAAUGUCUUCUUCCUCAGAGAACUACAGAUAUCACAGGUUCUCCUCAUCGGCGAUUCCUGACGCAAGCAGUAGUACGCCAAGCCGACUAGACAUCAAUUUAUGAUCCAUGGGCUCGGUCAGUACUAUAUACAACUUGCAAUGUCGAAGAGGCACACACCGCCUGUGAACUAGUUGAAUCCUGAGGACACACAUAUGCAUGCUGGUGGAUGUCUUUUUUCUUAACAUCUUUGUGGGAUCAGUAGUUAGCAAUUCUUUUGUAUCUUGCCUGUAUUUCUUGUACUGGGAUUGUAGUGGGAUUGAAGACGAUACAUGUGUUAGAUACAUGUGUUACAUAAAAUCAAUAGAAGCAUUAUAGAUGACCGUUGUGGCAA